UACCCAGCAUGCAAAUCGGUGCUCAAUGUUCACUGUUUGGCUAGUAAGGCUGCCGUAGAGGAAACAUGGCGGCCGUCAGUAAGUACUUGACAGCUAAAAACUCCGCGAUAGCUGGUGGGGUCUUACUGGUUUUAUACAUCCUGAAGCAAAGAAGAAAAGGGUUAAAGUCCAACAGUAAAAAGGGGGCGUCAGAGCUACUGUUGAGCAAUGAAGACAAAGCGGCUAAGAAAGACCGGGCGGCAGUCGACUAUGUCUUCGUCCUCAGAAUCAGCAAAAUUAUUCGGAUCAUGGUGCCUCAAUGGUUCUGCAAAGAGACAGGAUAUCUCAUCCUCAUUGCUGCUAUGCUAGUGGCCCGGACAUACUGUGACGUAUGGAUGAUCCAGAAUGGAACCAUGAUUGAAAGUGCGAUUAUCGGUCGCUCCAACACCGAUUUCAAGAGCUACCUGUUCAACUUUUGCAAAGUCAUGCCACUUAUUGCCUUGGUUAAUAACUUCUUGAAGCUGGGUCUUAAUGAGCUGAAACUGAGGUUCAGAGUAAGGCUGACCAAACACCUCUAUGAUGAGUAUCUCAAAGGAUACACCUACUACAAGAUGGGCAACCUGGAUAACCGUAUUGCCAACGCUGACCAGCUGCUGACUCAGGACGUAGAGAAGUUCUGUAACUCGGUGGUGGACCUCUACUCCAAUCUCAGCAAGCCUCUCUUGGACAUUGGACUGUACAUCUUCAAGCUGACCACUGCCAUUGGUGCCCAGGGCCCAGCGAGUAUGAUGGCCUACUUGCUGAUCUCAGGCCUGUUCUUAACUAGACUGCGGAGGCCCAUCGGUAAGAUGACGGUCACCGAGCAGCGCUAUGAGGGGGAGUACCGAUACGUGAACUCACGACUUAUCACCAACAGUGAGGAGAUCGCCUUCUACAACGGGAACAUGAGAGAGAAGCAGACGAUUCACUCAACAUUUAAGAAACUGGUCGACCAUUUGCACAAGUUCAUCUUCUUCCGCUUCACCAUGGGCUUUGUGGACAGCCUGAUCGCCAAGUACAUCGCCACCGUGGUGGGCUACCUGGUGGUGAGUAGGCCCUUCCUCAACCUGUCCGACCCUCGUCACUUGAACAGCACCCAGCCCGAGCUGCUGGAGGACUACUAUCAGAGUGGCCGAAUGCUGCUGAGGAUGUCUCAGGCCCUGGGCAGGAUCGUCCUGGCAGGCAGAGAGAUGACCCGGCUGUCCGGGUUCACCAUGCGGAUCACCGAGCUCAUGAAGGUCCUGAAAGAGCUGAACUCUGGGAAGUACGAGCGCACUAUGGUGUCCCAUCAGGACAAGGAUCCAAACGCCGUGGAAAGGGUGGCCCUGGUCCCGGGCAGUGGGCAGAUCGUCAAUGUUGACCAUGUGAUUAAGUUUGAACACACACCUCUUGCAACACCCAAUGGCGAUAUCCUGAUCAAGGACUUGACCUUUGAAGUGAGGUCUGGCACAAACGUGUUAGUGUGUGGCCCCAAUGGCUGUGGAAAGAGCUCACUCUUCAGAGUACUGGGAGAGCUCUGGCCUUUGUUUGGAGGACGGCUGACCAAGCCUGAGAGGGGGAAGCUCUUCUAUGUUCCUCAGAGACCCUACAUGACCCUUGGCACCUUGCGGGAUCAGGUGAUCUACCCAGACACCUACGAGGAGCAGAGAAGGAAAGGGAUCUCUGACCUGGUGCUGAAGGAGUACCUGGACAACGUCCAGCUCGGUCACAUCCUGGAAAGAGAGGGGACCUGGGAUACCGUGCAGGACUGGAUGGACGUUCUCAGUGGAGGAGAAAAGCAGAGGAUGGCGAUGGCCAGGUUGUUCUACCACAAGCCCCAGUUUGCCAUCUUGGAUGAGUGCACCAGUGCUGUAAGUGUGGACGUGGAAGACUUCAUCUACAGCCACUGCCGAACGGUUGGCAUCAGUCUAUUUACGGUUUCUCACAGAAAGUCUUUAUGGAAACACCAUGAGUACUACCUUCACAUGGACGGCAGAGGGAACUAUGACUUCAAGCCCAUCACUGACGAAACCAUCGAGUUUGGUUCCUAAGUGAAUGUCAAAAACACCCUGGCAUUAGGUAUACAAACAAUCUUUGGGCCUGGAGAAUGGGGCCCACAAAUAUUGCACUUAAAGUGGAUAACCUACACUAAUGAUUUUAAUCAAUGGUGAUGUAAUUCUUUUGAAAAAGAUAUAUUUAAAAACUGUUUGUCUGAGUAAUGUGAUCGUAAUUUAUGAACUAAGUCUGUCCAAACUUACGGAGAUUACUGAACAGGCUAAUCGACUCUAGAUGAAUUAUGUUUGCGUUAUAUGCCUGCAAACUGAAUCACGUCUCAUAACGAAUAGGAUGAGUUGGCUCAUGCAGAUUAUUCUAGUGGAUUAACAAGAGUCGAACAGGUCUAGUGGUACUGUAAAUGAGUAACUGAGGGUAUGUAAUCGUAUAAAUAUCUUGUUGUUUUGUUUUUUUAAAUCUACGAGCAAAUCCUACCACGGUAUGUGCAACUGAAGCUGCUGGAUGCCUCUUCUGGGGGUAAAUGUUCUUUCUUAGUCUGGUUCCUGACAUUGAUGUACUGUCUGGGAACAUGCUAGGCCUUCAGUCAAGAAAUGUAACUCGCUGUUCCUGUUCUCCCGCUGGAGAUUCCCGUUCCCCACGUAGUCCCUGAGUUUUUUUCUCAGUGUGUCCAACAGCGAUUCUUUCCGUCAUUUUUGUCUCCUGCUAAAAACUCAUUGGAGAUGUUUUAAGAAAAAACUAAUCAGAAGAGGGCAUGUGAGGAAUUAAGAGAAUGUAUCGGAGAGGAUCUUUCUGAGCUGUGUAGAAUCCCUAAUCUACAAAUUUUCUGUAUCUCACAUUAAUACUUAUGUGGUCAAUAUCAGCAAAUGUCUACAGCCAAUAUUUCAGUGUUUUUCACUACGAUAUAUUGUAACAACAUGUCAUUAGUCACUUUUGCACUGUACUGAAACGGCCAAUGCAUAACCUGUUGUUUUAUAUGAAAGAGACUAAUAUAGUGACUUGUUACUAAAUGAGCAUGGGCCUGCAAUAAACUGUAUGAUCAAUGGAUUUUCAUUAAAACAAAUUGAAUGAA